AUGACAGUAGAGAGCACCAAAAAACUAGGUUCUUUGACCAAAAUUCUUAUUGCUGUACUCGUGAUCGUGUUUGUGGUAACCGCCGUGACUGUGCCAAGCAUUCUCUUAACUCGACCGGCAAGAAAAUCCUCAACUGUUUCUGUGUCCACUAGUUCGUCUGGCACACUGUCAACGACGAAGGUCUCUUUGACAGUCACAACAACAGCGAGUACCAAUUCGACAGCCACAUCAACAACAGCGGGUAUCACUUCAACAGCCACAAUAACAACAGUGAGCAUCGGUUCGACAGUCACAACAACAACGGCGAUUAUCGAUUCAACAGUCACGACAACAACGGCGAUUAUCGAUUCAACAUACACAACAACAACAGCGGACAUGGCUUCAACAGUCACAACAACAACAACAACAACGGAUAUCGCUUCAACAGUUACAACAACAACAGCGAGUGUUUCUUCGAUAGUCACACAGCCAACAACUCACAUAACUUCGACAGUCAUUUCUACUACAACAGAGAUGACGGCGACUAACACUUCAAUUACAACUACAACUGAAAUGCCAACUACAGCGACAACUACAACUGCAAUGCCAACUACAACUACUAUUCAGCAGCUAGUGAUUCCUAACAUUUCAGCCAAUGCCCAAUGGGCACAGAAUGGAGUGGCCGUGGCUGGUGGUCACGGGAAUGGUGAUGCCACCAAUCAACUUCGGGGCCCUGAAGGUCUCUUCGUUGAUGAUGAUCAGACGGUAGUCAUUGCUGACUUGGGCAAUCAUCGUAUCGUCCAAUGGAAAAUGGGUGAUACGAAUGGAGAAGUGGUAGCUGGUGGUAAAGGCCAAGGAGAUCGAUUAGAUCAACUGAAUGAACCAAGCGAUGUGCUGAUCGACAGAGCGAUGAAUAAUAUUAUUAUUUGUGAUCAAAGAAAUCGGCGAAUCGUACAAUGGUCUCGUCGUAGUAACACAACUGAAGGAGAGGUUCUCAUUGGCAACAUCCAGUGUCGGGGAUUGACCAUGGAUGAUCAACGAUAUCUGUACAUCUCUGACACCGAAAAACAUGAAAUAAGACGAUAUCAAAUAGAAGACAAGAAUGAAACUAUCGUGGCUGGUGGCAAUGGUCAAGGUGGUGGUUUCAAUCAACUCAACUGGCCAUCAUACCUCUUUGUCGAUCAACAACAGUCUGUAUACGUGUCAGACCGUGAUAAUAGUCGUGUGAUAAAAUGGGAUAAUGGUGCAAAAGAAGGGAUCGUCGUCGCUGGAGGUCAGGGUCAAGGGGACGCUCCGACACAAUUGAACUGGCCAAAGGGAGUGUUUGUCGAUGUCUUGGGUACCAUUUAUGUGGCAGACGACCGGAAUAAUCGAGUGAUGCGUUGGCCUAAAGGAGCAACACAGGGCAUCGUUAUUGCGGGUGGAAAUGGUGCAGGAGAUGGAACAAAUCAGCUCAAGGGUUCGCAAGGUUUGUCCUCUGAUCGAGAUGGUAAUCUCUAUGUUGUCGAGUGGGGAAAUGAUCGUGUUCAACGAUUUGCUAUCCAAUAG